AUGUUUGAAGGGAGCAAAAGACGAAAGUUGAUUUCCGAACUGCUGACGGUGGCUCCUUCUAACUGCAGCGCCCCCCGGUGGGCGAGUUCUCUUUUUUCUUCUUCUUCCAGGAUGUUGAAGUUUUCAUUUCAAGCCAAUGGCUGGGGUGCAGAAAUUGCCAACAAACUAGCAAGAAAGUGUGAUGUUGUAAACAGAGGACUGUCUGGCUACAACUCCAGAUGGGCUAAGAUAGUUCUUCCUCGCCUCAUCAACAGCCCAAACUCAGCAGACAACAUAGCUGCUGUCACUGUCUUCUUUGGAGCCAACGACUGUGCACUGGAAGAUAAAAACCCCCAACAGCACGUCCCUCUGCAGGAGUAUUCAGAGAACCUAAAGGAGAUCACCAGGCUUCUGGCUUCAGCUGGAGUGUCAGCAGACAGAGUUAUCUUCAUCACCCCUCCACCUGUUCAUGAGCCGGCCUGGGAGAAGGAGUGCAUUCUGAAAGGAUGUCCACUCAAUCGCCACAACUCUGCAGUGGGGCAGUAUGCCCAGGCAUGUGUCCAGACUGCCAGUCAGUGUGGUACAGACGUCCUGGACCUCUGGACGCUCAUGCAGAAAGAUGGACAGGACUACACAGUCUAUCUGUCUGACGGGCUGCAUCUCUCACAGAAGGGAAACCAGUUUGUGUCACAGCACCUGUGGGAGCUGCUGGAGAGUCGGGUGGCUGAUCUGCCCUUCAUCCUGCCUUACUGGGGAGACGUGGACCCCAAGAGUCCCGAGAGCAGCCUCCUCUAACCAGUGAAGGAGAGGACGUUGGCUUUGAAAAAUAUUUUCAAGAUCCUACAGUGCUGCAUAUUCGGUGAAACACAAAACACUGACCAGCACUCCUUUGUUGCACUUGUUGGAAAUGCCCAGGUGAAUGAAUAAAGCAGCUGUGAUUUGCCACUAU